AUGAGAGCUGCAUCGAGUAACAGGAGUCUCAUCUCUACAGCCCCCAGCAAAGCUCCACCUCCCCCUCCUCCUCCACCUCCUCCAGAUGAGGAGAAGAAGGAUGAUGAGCCUGCAGUAGCAGCAGAAGAAGAAGUAGAAGAGGAGGAGGAGAAGGAGUGGGAGCUUCCCUGUAAACUUCUUGGACAACCUGUGAAAGUUCCCAGACUCCCCAGACUCCCCAAACUUCCUCCGCUGCCUGGCUGGCUGCGAGCGAUCAUACAGUAUCGCUUCCCCUCCAGUAUCGACCCCUUCACUGAUCUGAUCUACGUGAUCUGGCUCUUCUUCGUCGUGGCGGCGUGGAACUGGAACAUGUGGCUGAUCCCCGUCCGCUGGGCCUUCCCGUACCAGACCUCUGAAAACAUCCACCUGUGGCUGCUGAUGGACUACACCUGCGACUUCAUCUACAUCACCGACAUCCUCGUCUUCCAGCCCAGACUGCAGUUCGUCCGCGCGGGAGACAUCGUGUGUGACAAAAAGGACAUGAGAGAAAACUACAUGAGCACCGAGAGGUUCAAGAUGGACAUCAUCAGUCUGUUUCCCAUGGAGAUCCUUUAUUAUUUCACGGGAGUGAACUCUCUGCUGAGGUUCCCUCGCCUGCUGAAGGUCUACAUCUCCUCAAAACCCACCGCUGCCAUUCCUUCCACCUCCCUCAUCACCUGCCUCGCAGACAUCCGGAGCUGGAUGAGCAGGAACUUCCUGAAACUCAAUGGGAAUAAAACCGAGGCCCUGCUCAUCGGCUCCAAAUCCACCCUCACCAAAUCUCAACACACCCCAGUCCCACCCAUCAUCAUCAACGGAUUCCCUGUACCCUUCCCCAAUCAAUACAUGGCUUUCUUUGAGUUCAACGACAGAAUGGAAGCUGUGAUGAAGAAAGCUUACAUCUACAGGGUGAUCCGAACCUCCACCUACCUGCUCUACUCUCUGCACAUCAAUGCCUGUCUCUUCUACUGGGGCUCGGACUAUGAAGGACUUGGAUCCACCAAGUGGGUCUACAACGGGAAAGGAAACGCGUACAUUCGAUGUUAUUAUUUUGCUGUGAAGACUCUGAUCACCAUCGGAGGACUGCCGGACCCGACCACCGUGUUUGAGAUCUGCUUCCAGCUCAUCAACUACUUUGUUGGCGUGUUUGCUUUCUCCAUCAUGAUCGGUCAGAUGAGAGAUGUGGUCGGAGCUGCAACAGCCAGUGAGAACUACUACCGAGCGUGCAUGGACAGCACAGCCAAGUACAUGAACUCUUACAACAUCCCUCGAGAGGUCCAGAACCGCAUCAAGACCUGGUACGACUACACCUGGAAGAUUCAGGGCAUGCUUGAUGAACAGGAGCUGCUGGUGCAACUUCCAACCAAGAUGAGGAUGGACAUGGCCGUGGAUGUCAACUACGCCAUCGUCAGUAAAGUCGCCUUGUUUCAGGGCUGCGACAGACAGAUGGUGUUCGACAUGCUGACCAGGCUCAAAUCAGUCGUCUACCUGCCCGGAGACUUCGUCUGCAAAAAGGGGGAGAUCGGCAGAGAGAUGUACAUCAUCAAACAGGGCGAGGUCCAGGUGGUGGGCGGUCCUGACCUGCAGACGGUGUUUGUCACCAUCAGAGCCGGCUCUGUGUUCGGAGAGAUCAGGACGAUGUUGACGAAAGACACAAAGCCGGAGGAGAAAGGCGGAGGUAAAGGGGCGGUGGAAGUCAUCCCAUCCAGACCGGAGACCCCCAAAAUGUUCAAGGCGGCGCUGAAGGUGACGGAGCAGGCAGGCAUCGAGGGAACGUUCUCCAAACUGAAGAAAGCGUACAGAUCAUCAGAGAGCGUAGCAGAGGGUCCCCUCUCCUGUCCGGUCCCCCCUCCCUCUCCGAUGCACCGCCGCUCUCCGAUUCCCCACAGGCUGAUCCAGGACGAUAACGACACCGUCUCAGAGACCGCCGACAGCUCGGUGAUCAUCAGGAUGACGCCACGAAAGGAAGGAGAGGAGCUGCUCACUGUGGAGGUGAAGCCCAGGGAGGGAGAUGAGGAGGAGGAGGAGGAGGAGAAGAAGAGGACAGGGGAGGAGUGAGUCGACAGGGUGGACUCUGGUACCCAGGGUGCCUUUCUGUAACGAUCAGAGGAGGGAUGUGUGAUCCAGGUGUACUCCUGAAGAAACCACUUCUUCUUCUCUGGUGGAUUUCCUCUCUGCCAUGGAAAGAAAAUCCCUUCUGUUUCUGGUCUAAAUGAAAACAUCCCAUCACACCUCUUUCACACAUGCACCCGAAAGUUGCUCGGUCACACGCACGAAGUCUUCCCUGUGAGGAUGAGUCUCAGGUUGCAGGACAUGACAUCAAAAGCACGCUUCAAAAGCUACUGUGUAAAGUUUCCAACAUGCUGAUGAAGCUGCAGAGACCCUCACUAUGAUGAUGGAUCUUGUCUUCAAAUUGAUUCCCUUUCUCAAACCUUGGAUGUUUUUAAUCCUCCUGUUUUGUGUCGCUCUCCUCGGUUUUUCAUGACAGAAACAUCAUCCCCACCGUCUGCUAAAUUGUGCUGACAUUUCUUGAAUACUUCCUCCUGCGUUCCCACAGCCGCUCACUCUGACGCCACAUGCAUUUUUUACUACAGCAGGAAAAAGUCUGGUCAAAAGGGCGGCUGAUGAUUCCAGCUGUUUGCGUUUACUCCUGCAGCCCAGCCCAAACAUUUUUGAAGCUUUAGGGGUUUUAUGCGUGUGUGAAUACAGCUCAUGAGUCAGAAACAACUCCCCAUCUUGAUUUUUAUUUCACUGAAUCAUCUGUUGUGAAGAAGAUAGUUAUCAAUCAGAUGUAGAACUCCAACAUGCGCAGCUACAACACAAUGCAGUCUGGAUCCUUUAUUAUAGGGUCAGUCGUGUUUUAAUCCAGAGGACCAGACCGUCGUGUUAAAAUAGACUCAGUAAAAAUGAAGUGCCAGGUUGUUUUUGAAAAUUCAGAACAUGGAUUAUCAAGUUACUACAGGUCUCACCUGUGACAUGCAGUAUAUUUAUCAUCUUGUAUUGUGUCUCUGUGAUUUAAAUGAUCCAUUGGAUUCUCAUAGGCGCUGCUACUUUAGCCUUCAUGAUGUUAAAAAAAAACACAUACAUUAAAAACCACAUUAUAUAUAUCCAUGAGUUAUUACUAAGGGCUGAAAAAUGACAAAUAAAUAAGUUGUAUGCAUGUUGAUGUUAUGUAAUUGGUAUUUUAAAGCUAGGGUUGGUAGUCAUGGAAAACUAGCAUGAAUUUGAAUGUAGCAUUUCCUCAGGACUUUGUCUAACCCAAGCGAGUCCAAAGCGGAAGUGCUAAAACCUGCAGUUCAUCAAGGAUCCCCUUGAGGCUAGCUCAAGAAGUACAGGAAGUCACAUACACA